UUUAUCAACAAAAUGGCGUCUGCCGGAGGAGUAAGAAUUAUUGAAAAUGAUACACGAUUUAGUUCUCAACUCAUGAUGAAUAGUGCUAAGGGAGUGCUAAUGGUUGCGAAUUUUAGAGCAUCAUGGUGUCCGCCAUGCCAAGCUAUCGCACCUAAGUUUCAAGAAUUAAGUUUCAAGUAUAAUUCGGCUAUCUUUUUGGAAGUUGAUGUUGAUGCUUGCAAGGCAACAAGCAAUCGUUACAACGUCUCCGCCACCCCAACUUUCAUUUUUUUUCGCUCUGGUAUUAAACUGGACAGGUGUCAAGGAGGUGAUGUGAAAGUUUUGGAAGAGAAAAUUAAGAAAUGGAUCGGCGACUUUAAGGAAGUUGGUGGUGGAUAUAUGGUGCUUUCUCCAUUAAUAAAUAAAUCUCAAUGCGAAUGUCUUAAUGAGAGUGAUGAUCAUACUUUGAAGAACAUUUUUGAAAAAGGAGAAAGUUCAUACUUGGAAAGUGACUGUGAUGAACAGAUGCUAAUAUCAAUAUCAUUCAAUCUGCCUGUUAAACUUCACUCUUUACAACUUUUUGCACCAGAUGAUGGAACUGCCCCAAAGACUGUAAAGAUAUUUAUAAAUCAGACAAGGACACUUGGUUUCGAUGAGGCAGAGAAGACUGCGUUUGUUCAAGAGUUAAAUCUUACAGCUGAAGAUGUUCUUGAAGAUGCCCAAAUUCCGUUGAAGUUUGUCAAAUUUCAAUAUGUUCAAUCCGUCACACUCUUUAUCAAAGACAAUCAGGGCGAUCAAGAUACAACAAUUAUUAACUCUUUGUCUUUCAUUGGCACCACAGUUGAAGCUGCAAACAUGAAUGAUUUCAAAAGGGUUGCUGGGAAGGAAGGGGAAGUUCAUGGUUGAUUGCACAUCUGUGCUUCUGCUUGCACCGAGUGGCAAAAUUUAAGUAUAGAGUUUAAUCUGGCACGGGCAAAGUUCAACCAUGUUACUGUUAACAUUUCAGAACAUAAAUUGACGUUCCUGCGAUUUUGUAAUUUCGUAGUGGAGAAUGUUUAUGCUUUUGUUUGCGCAUUCUUGAGCUGAGAAAUAUGGAUAAGUGAACUAUACAUUGACCUUAGAUGGUUGAAAUCGAGAUUGAAAGAACAGGAAAUAACUUAAAUAAAUUUUCUUUAACUCAAUGAGUUUUUUCAAUAAACACUUCAAGGGUCA